GCUAAUUUUUGUUCCUGUAUGACGUCAUAUGGAUUCCCAGCAUUCUCAACAUUCGCAAAAUCAUGGCGGAAGGUGGGCCAUCGAAGCUCGAUGAACAGAAGAAGGAGAUAGUAGAUCUGCUUAAAACUUCACUACAAAAAGGAGAUACAUGGUAUUUAGUGGACAGCAAAUGGUACAAACAAUGGAAGAAAUAUGUUGGAUAUGACAGUUGGGACAUGUACAAUGUGGGACAAGAAACUGCUUUUCCUGGUCCAGUGGAUAACUCUCCACUCUUAAAGGCGGAAGGUACAUUACAAGAGAACUUAAUUGAUGAUCUGGAUUAUGUAUUGCUACCAACCAAAGCAUGGGAGAAACUGGUGCUCUGGUAUAAUAUUAAGGAAGGCCAGGAACCUAUUGCUCGUAAGGUUGUUGAGCAUGGUAUGUUCGUAAAACACUGCAAGGUCGAAGUUUACCUGAUGGAGUUGAAGCUUUGCAAGAACAGCAAUCCAACAGACUGCGUUAGCAAGCAGUUUAGCAAAGCAGAUACAAUAGAAACUAUUGAGAAUGUUAUGAGAGAUGCAUUUAAUAUAUCAGACAAGACUGAGAUUCGAAUAUGGAAUAAAUACAUGAGCAAUACAUAUGAGCAGCUUGCAAAAAAGGACAACACAGUCCAAGAUGCCGGUCUAUAUCAAGGACAGGUUUUAGUUGUGGAACAGAAAAACGAUGAUGGGUCGUGGCCACGCCAAGCAACAUUAACAAACUCAUACACAUCGUCUUCAUCAAGUAGCACUAGUAGCAACAGAUCAAGUGGUAGCAGUAGUUCUAGGUACAUGCAGGUUGGCCGUUUUGCGCCUCAGUUUUCCGGAUACCAGCAGCAGGAUUCCCAAGAGCUUCUAGGAUUCCUACUGGAUGGUUUACACGAAGACUUAAAUAGAAUCAAGAAGAAACCUUAUAUUGAACUCAAGGAAGGGGAUGGUCGACCAGAUCAAGAAGUUUCAAAAGAGGCAUGGGAUAACCAUCUGCGCCGAAAUAAUUCCGUAAUUGUUGACAUUUUCCAUGGCUUGUUCAAAUCCACAUUAGAUUGUCCAACUUGUCAUAAACGUUCAGUAACAUUUGACCCCUUCUGCUUUUUGACACUGCCUCUUCCCAUUAUUGAUAAAGAACGUAUCUUGGAAGUAUUUGUAAUCCGGAUGGACCCAGCUUCAAAACCAAUCCAGAUGAAAGUAACAGUUCCAAAAAUGGGCCAGGUGUCAGAUCUAUGUAAGGCAGUUGGUGCAAUAGCCAAUAUUAGUGAAGAUAUGAUGGUAGUAACUGAUGUGUACAAUCAUAGGUUCCACAAAGUCUUUGCAAUGGAUAAUCGAUUGGAGAUUAUACUUGAUAGAGAUGACAUAUUUGUAUAUGAAGUGCCUGUAAAUACACCUGACCAUCCUGAUACUCUCAUUUUACCUGUUUAUUUAAGAGAACGUGGAAAUAAUUACUAUUCUACCAGUGGAUCUACUUUAUUUGGUCAGCCAAUGUUGAUUCCAGUGAAGCGUAACAAUACCACUUAUGAAGAUCUCUACAACCUUAUACUUGAGAAGAUGAGUCGGUAUGUUAGGAAACCUUUGGAUGAUGAGUGGUGUAUGAAGAAUGGCAAAGGAGAAGAAAAUGAUGAAGAAAAGAAAAAUGAACACCAGGAAAAUGGAGAGAUGGAUUCAACUUCUGAUAAUGAGGAUCUUAGAGACAAUGAAGAUGUUUUGCCAACUCAAGAAGGAACAGAAGAGCAAGAAAGGAAUGGCGACGUCUUAGACAAAAAUGAAUUAAAGCAAAAAAGCAAUUCCAAACAACUCAAGAGACUUUUUUCUAUGGUGCAAGUAAACUCCUAUGGUAGUUCAGAUAUUUCCAAAGUUAAAGAUGAUGGUAAACCCAUUAAAUUCACCAAUCGAACGUACAUUGCCUUGGAUUGGGAUUCAGAAGCAAAACACCAGUUUUAUUUAUCCGAAGAGUCUGACGCAUUUGAAAAGCAUGAAAGCGUGAAGAAUACUGUACGAAAGAAAGCGGUUAUUAAGUUAGAUGAUUGCAUUAAAUUAUUUCUCACCAAAGAGCAACUUGGCAGGGAUGAUCUGUGGUAUUGCCCUGAGUGUAAAGAACACAGACAAGCAUACAAGAAAUUUGAUCUCUGGAAAUUACCCAAAAUCCUUGUAAUAAAUUUAAAGCGGUUUUCAUAUAAUCGAUACUGGCGAGAUAAAUUGGAUGCGCAUGUUGUGUACCCUGUUGAAAAUUUAAACAUGAAAGAACAUGUAAUAAAUGAAGAGGGUGGUCCGUUCGUUUAUGAUCUUAUAGGAGUAGUCAACCAUUACGGAGGCCUGGGAGGAGGUCAUUAUACUGCAUAUGCAAAGAAUAUAGAGGAUCAACAAUGGUAUAACUUUGAUGAUAGUUCAGUGUCAUCAGUAGAUAAAGAUAAUGUAGUUUCCAAAGCAGGAUAUGUACUAUUCUAUAUGCGAAAAGAUCCAGACGAUGCACGUCACCGCCGUGUCUCGGCAUCGUUAGCGUCACCGGAAGAAGAUGAUGAUGCUGGUAUACCUGACGCAACUGUCAACGACGAUGACCAAGAAGAGGAGGACAUGGAAACUGACCCCAGUUAAAGCUUGCAUGACCCAAUAGAUAGGCAUCAAAAACUGAAAAGCAAUGAGAAGGCAGCUCAAGACUGCUGUAUAAGUUGUAAUGCAAUGUAGUCAGACAGACAGCACUUCAAAGGAAAAUAAAUACUGCAUUAUGGAAAUUCAUAUUUCUACUCUGUUUAGUAACCCAUGGCAUGGAUUGUGACGAUGAGUAAAACAAUAUGGAAAAUUAUAUACAGCUAUUUGAAGCUUUUAGCGUUCCUACAUGUAGAGCAACUACUGUAAUGUGUAAUAAUAAAAAAAAGCAGUGUUUAUAGUGUCUUUACAGGUGGCAUACACGCCAGGUGUAAUGAUUGGUUGAGACUAAUAUAUGCAGUGGGUUAUUAGCCAAUGCGAUGUUUAUACUGUUAGGCGGGGGUUUGUGUGCUGAAGGAAGUGGCUCAUUGUAACACUUAAUGUUAAUGCAAGCUCAUCUUUAACUUGUUAAUGUCAGCAUAUGUACUACUUUGUGAAUUAAGUCUGACGAUUACAACGCACACGGUAAUGUUUAUGUGCUGUUCCGUUUACAUGGCUGUCCUUACAUUGAUCAGUAUUUACAAAUACCACCUCGUUAAGGAAAUAUAAUCAAUUAACUUUAUUCUUAAUCCUUGGUUUCUUAUUUGAGUAUUAGCUGAGUUCUCCAAAGAACAAAUGUAAAAUAUACCAAAGGAGAACAACACGAUAUACUAGGAGGAUUGUAAAAAUACAAUAAAUUAUGUUUACUAACCCCAUUUGGAGUAAAUACUAUAUACAUAUAUAUAUUAUGAGGUUGUACAAACAAAUACAUUACCUGACUAAUAUCACAAACUAAGUACAAUAGGAUUUAAUACCAUAUAUAAUGAACAGGUAUAUGUGACCAUGGAGUUUAGCUUUAUAACACCAUUGCAAAGACCAAUUAUAUUUAUAUGCUUGUUAUUAGCAUGAUUUGAGACUAACAAUUGUGAAUACCAUCAGCACAGUUCUCACAUUCCAGUGAAUUAAGUAAAUAACUCCCUAGCUUCUUCAAAAUCUAACAUGAUAUUGGUUUAGUAAAUGCUACCCAUAGCUUUGUGAAAAUAGCACUCCUAGGUUCGUGAAAAUCUAAUGAUGCUGUUGUACUUAAUAAAGAGUGAUAUUUGUUGCAAUAUUCCUUAUUCAUUUGCCAUUUACUGGACUGGAAACUGAUAUUGGUAUGACUUAUUAUCUAUAAUCCCCCAUUAUCUAGCUUAUCUACAUUAUCUUCUCAUAGCCUUUCCAUUUCAUAUUAUGUUUCAAUUAUAAUCAAUUCAUUUUAUUUUCUGUAAUAAUGUUGUUAAAAACUCACAAGUCAUCGCAUAAAAAAUUAUUGAUGAUAUGUACUAAUAUGAAUUUCAAAUAGUCUUGAUUGACUGAAUUUAAUUAAAAUUGUUUUUGGUGUAUUAAUGCAAACAUUAACCUACCCACUUCCUAGGAGAAAAAAAAAUCAACUUACUGCAUAUUGACGACACAUUGAAGUGAAAUCGUAAUUGGUCUAGUUUAAUCUCCUUUAAAUGGACAUGCUGCUUUUAACACAACUGAGGAAUUUGACCUCCCAGGUAAUCUUAAUAAAUAUAUCUGGUUAUUCACACCUUUACCAAUUUGUAAUGCAUUAUUAAUUAGUCAUAAUUAAUAUAAACUAAGUAAACUUACUACUAAGUUGUUACUACUAUAAUUAUUCUUAGUAUUUGGUAUACAAGUUAGCUGAAAUGUGUAUGAUAAUUGAAUUUUAUAGACAAAUUGCCAAUGGUCAGGAAUAAAAUGUACGUUAAAUUAAAGUUUGCUUUAUUAUAUUACUGUAUUUGAAUUUGAAUGAUGUAUUUAUUAAAUUUUGUGGUCAAUUUAGGGUGUUUCUAAAUCUAGAAAACAUGGAUCUAAGGCAAAAUAUAUAGAUUGGAGUUUUAGAGUUAGAAAAUUCAGAUCUAAUAUAGAGAUCAUCUGAGUUCAAUAUAUAGAUCCAAGUUCCUAGAUCUAGAAAACUCGGGUAUCUCAGAUCUCGGGUUUUCUAAACAAUCAAAAAUUUAAUCUUAUUUACUGUAUUUGUGUAUCAAUAAUAUAAAUGGAAUUCCAUUGACUGAAUUUCACUAUAAAGCUUACUACAAUGCUCCAAUGUGUUUUUAAAGUAAAACAAAAAAAGUUCAACAUUAUCAAAAAUGUACAUUUGAUCAUUUAGUUCCAUUAAAUUAAUUGUCCAAUAUCCAAUUCAUAUUUAAACUCUUAAAUUAUUGCAAUACAGUAUUUGAUUGUAUUCCUUUUACUUAUUAUUACCAUUAUUAUUAUCAACUAAUACACUUGUCAAUUGUAAUCUCAACCCCCUGAACCCAUGCAAUAGUGGGGUAGUAGCUGUUUCUGAGGUAGGGAUGUAUGUUCCUGUAGUGCAUUUAGUGUAUUUGGAACUGACCUGAGGAUGUAAUGCAAGUCUUAAAAGGACUGCGAACUUUAAACUUUAAACUUUAGCGGGUUUCAGGUAUUUGUGCUGCAAAGUAGGUGGGAUUAGCCAGGAAGGUACAUUAAAAUGAUAUCCUGUAUUGAUGGGUUGUGGGCAGGAAAACAUGUAAACAUUUUUUUUUUUUGAAAGUUACUUUAGUGACUGAGGUAGAUCCUGCUAGGCCCAGGUGUUUGGGACCAGGAUUACAAUUGACAAGUGCAUAUAUUAUUAAUCAUGGGAAUUAUCAGUUGCCAUGUAACAAAAUGUUCACAAUGAUCCCAACUAAAGACAUAUCUUGCAUUGUAUCACAGUUUCAUUCUCCACAAUAGAUCAGUUUACCUAAUUCAUAUUGAUUGGGUUUUGCUUUAAUAUAUUAUAUGUAAAUAAAUAUAUUUUUACAUGAUGCUAUAAAUUGUAGAGUAGAUUUCAUUUUCUUCAUUUUCUUUAUUUAAAGAUUCUCUACAUGAUUUGAAUUAAAUUUUGGUCCGUUUAGAUGA